AUGGCACUACAAGUAUUCAUCUCUGAAAGAGAGGGAUUGGAGAAUAUCGGCUUCAAGGUUCUCAUAGGUCUGCAGUUUAUUGCAUUACAGUUGAUCAGUCAAGGUGCAAAAUGCCCAAUAGACUUCAUGCAGUUUGGGGACUCCUGCUAUCACAUUUUCGCCACGCCCAAACUGACAUGGUGGGAUGCAAUGUCAUUCUGUGGCAUGUACGGAUUUGGCGAAGGGACGCUUGCAACUGUAGAAUCAGCGGAGGAACAGUUGUUUCUGGAACGCGAGUUGAAAAGCAAAUACCCACCUGGUAGCGGACAGGAGGACUUCUGGCUAGGGGCCUACGAUCUCGUCCACGAGGGAAGUUGGGUAUGGGUGAAAAAAAAUGAGUACGUACAAGGCGGUUACGAGCACUGGGGCCAAGGACAGCCAAGCGGGGGGACGGGGGAAAGUUGCCUUGGGCUGUAUGAUGGUUUGAACUACAUGUGGAACGAUGCACCCUGUGGGAGACCGGAGGGGUUCAUAUGUGAAGUGCCAUUCGAAGGACGGUCAUCAGAAAUCAUUGGAUAG